CUCACUGAGGUAAACCUUACUGAAUGUCAGCUCUUUUGAUGAAUUUGUGUCAGCAUGAAAAAUUUCUCUAAAGUGACCUCUUUUUAUCUGUCUGAAUACUAUGGAAUGGAAGACCUGAAGGCAGUGUACUUUUGCAUAUUCCUGGUUUUAUAUGUUACCAUCAUUGCUGAAAAUGUCGUAUUAAUUGGAGUCAUUUACCGUGAGAAAAGCCUGCACGAGCCAAUGUAUGUGCUGCUGUGCAACCUGGCUGUGAACGGCUUGUAUGGAGGCACCGCCUUACUGCCUGCACUGCUGGUCAACCUGCUGUCACAGACACAUGAGAUUUCUCUAUCUUUCUGCCAGACUCAGGUCUAUGCUAUACACACAUAUGCAAUCACUGAAUUCACUAUUCUAGCAGUGAUGAGUUAUGACAGAUACAUGGCCAUUUGUCAUCCCCUGUCUUAUCAUACAAUCAUGUCACGGAGAGCUGCUAAACUCAUUCUUUUCAUGUGGCUCUACCCCAUGCUGGCAUUUCUCAUUGUUUUAAUUUUCACUCUUCAGCUGCCAUAUUGUGGGAGAACCAUAGAAAAGGUGUACUGUAUAAACUACUUACUGGUAAGACUUGCGUGCACAGACACUUUUAUUGCAAACAUUGUUGGUUUAUUAUCUGUCGUUCUAUAUACAGGUCCGCAGCUCGUCAUGAUCUUUUACUCAUAUGGACACAUCCUGAGAAUAUGUCUGUUGUCAUUCAGUAAAUCCAAAUUCAAAGCCCUGCGGACCUGCACCCCUCACCUACUAGCAAUACUUAACUACUCUUUUGGGUGCUUUUUUGAAAUAGCACAAGGUCGAUUCGACAGUAGUCACCUGUCUUACCAAACCAAGCUGUUUUUGUCCCUGUACUUCUUGAUAUUUCCUCCCCUCCUUAAUCCAGCAAUCUAUGGUUUGAGUAUUGGACUCAUCAGGGCGCGACUCUUUAGGCUGCUCAGCAGAAAAAGCAGGCAAGUUCAAAUGAUGUAGCUAAGAUGUGAUGUUACUGUGCAGUAAGAGUGUGUCUCGCAUGGUGCUGUGAAGCCCCUGAAAACUCAUGACAAGCAGAAUGUCCUGUUUCCUCACGUUGUUUAAUCACAUUUGCGCUCUCAUUUACUUUAACAAGACCAGCUGAUGCUGAGGAAAACAGCUGAAUUCAUGUCAUGCCACAGUGAAUUCCUGGUGACUUUCAGUCUCUUUGUUUGUUCUGCCUCCCGUGACCACAUCACAGAGCAGAAAUUAUAUACUUAUUUUUUCAUUUCUGGAAUUUUUACACACAAUUUUUAACAUAGUUACUAAAACUGUUCAAUGUCAAACAGUAAAAUAGAAGAGGGAAAUGUGAAAAUUUGAUUCAAGAAUAUGUGAUACACAUGAUGUCAAGUAUGUCUGCUGUUUGUUUUAUUUGGACCAGUCAAUUAAAAUCUAUUGUUUUGUGUUUAAAUCUGAAUUUGUAGUGCAGUGAUUUGUUUAAGUGUAUGUCCUUGAUUUUUGAAUAAUCGUAUACGCUCUCUUCCUGUUCAUUAAAUACUUUGGGUGCCACAAUGAGCUGAAAACACAUUCAUUUUCACUUAAACUCUAUUUUGUGUUUGGUUUUACAAUGACUCAAAGUCUAUAUAUGUAAUUUAAAAGAGCCUGCAA